AUGGACGACAAAAAAUCCAAAGAAACCCCGAAGAAAUUGAGACCUUGUUGUGCUUGCCCUGAAACUAAAAAAGCUCGGGAUCAGUGCAUGAUAGAGAAAGGUGAAGCAGACUGUCAAGACUUAAUAGAGGCGCAUAAAGAUUGCUUAAGACAGCAUGGUUUCAAGGUCUAAUACGUUUGGGUAUUAGUAAGGAAUGGCGAAGCAUUCAGCUGAGGUUUCCGGUUACAAAUAAGGAUUCAAUUCUUGUGGCAACCUAUGACUUCGC